AUGCCCGAGUUCUACGACGAGGCGGCGGAGCAGCAGCGUCCGACUGGUGAUGCCCUCAUCACUUCCGAGGACCCCAACCACCCGGCCAACUUGAUUCCUUCGCUGUGCGCCAAGUUCUGGACCCUCGGCUGGGUCACGGGAACCGGAGGAGGAUGCUCUAUUCGAGAUGAUGACCUAGUCUACAUUGCCCCUUCGGGCGUCCAGAAGGAGCUCAUGAAGAACACCGACAUCUAUGUCAUGGCCAUCUCUGAGCAGGACCCCAACCAUAACAAGUUGAAGCAGCGCACGUACCUGCGCUCACCCCCCUGCUACAAGCCCUCUCAGUGCACUCCUCUGUUCCUCGCGGCCUUUACCCGCCGGGGUGCUGGCUGCUGCAUCCAUACUCACUCUCAGUGGGCUGUGCUUGUCACUCUGUUGCUUGAGGCCCAGGGCCCUGGAAAGGACCGUGUCUUCGAGAUCAACAACAUUGAACAGAUCAAGGGCUUUGGACGUGGAAUGACCAAGACUGGUAACCUGGGUUAUCAUGAUACCCUUCGUAUUCCCGUGAUUGAGAACACUCCUCACGAGGAAGACUUGACCGAGUACCUUGAGGAGGCCAUGGACAAGUACCCCGAUACAUAUGCAGUCCUCGUCCGACGUCACGGUGUCUAUGUAUGGGGUGACAAUGUGCACAAGGCCAAGACCCAGUGUGAGAGUCUCGACUACCUUUUCCAGCUGGCAGUUGAGAUGAAGAAGCUCGGUCUUCCAUGGAUCAGCGAUGUCCCCCAGAUCGCUCCCCAGCGAACCUGA